UCAAAUCAUUCUUUACCUUACUCCUUACUUACUUCAUUACCUUACUCUACUCCCAUUUCCUCUUCUUUUACUCCUCUUGCCAAAGAAAGAAAAGAAGAGGAAGAGAUGGUCUCUAGAGAGUCAUCGGACUCUGAGGAAAGCUUCAUGGAGAAGAAUUUGGGCUGUUCCCACGGAGAGCCAUCCUUCCGGUGGCGGGAACAGGCCCAGCCAGCACCAGCAUGCCUCUGAGGCUGUAUGGGUUCCCUGGCAAGGAGAAUAUGGGCUGUUCCCAUGGAGGGCCGUCCUACUGAUGGCGGGAACAGGCCCAGCCGGCACCAGCAUGCCUCUGAGGCUGUAUGGGUUCCCCGGCAAGGAAAUGGCCUUGGAAGAGACGCAGGCCUCUCAACAGCUCCAUCUUCCACAGAGGGAGCUUGUUAAAACAGCGUGCCUCAGCCAGCCAGCUGAGAACAGCGCCACCUGGUGGAGCUCAAUUUUGGCGGGAAACAACGCAAUGCACUUGCCAAUCUCCUGGCAGGAGAAACACGGCUGAAACAUAAUCCAGACACCCAGAGCUCCAGCCGACAAGCCCAGGAGGGCCACGUAAGUGUUCCCCCGAGCGUGUUAUACCUCCAGAAUUCCUGUCAGCAAUUAGACUGGCUGUGAGGGUGGAAAUCCUGUUACUUUACCAGUCAGAAGCACCUUGGCCCUAUAAAGAUUCCAGGAAUCUCCUCAGUCCUGGCUCCAUGUGAAUGUGCCCAUGCCAAUCUCCUGGCUGGAGAUUUUACAGCAGGCCUUUCCCCUUUGGAUUUAGCCCUGCUUUUACAACAGGAUCUAGCCCUGCCUUUCCCUGUCAGAUGGGUAAUGUAUAAAGGGCGCAAUUUUGCUGGUGUCUUUGAACCUUUUAACUCUUAAGACUAACCAGGAGAGAGGAAAUAGUGGUGUGGUGUCUACCUCCUCCUCCCUCCAUGAGUAAGGCUGUAGCUCUGUGGAAGAGCUUCUGCUUUGUAUGCAAAAGAUCCAGGUUUGUUCCCCUUAACUCCAGUGUAAGAGAUUAGGUAGAUGAGGAGAAAAAAAAAAAAACCUCUUCCUGAGAUCCUGGUGACCUGCUGCCAGUCUGAGGAGAGAACACUGACCGAUGGUCUGAGUCAGAAUAAGGCAGUUUGUAACGUUUAUAAGUCAGGGAUCCCCACGGAGCAGGGGAAUCACCCUCAGAUGGAGUUUGUAAUGACAGGGAGAAGGAUGAAUUCCUUCAGAUGUGGAAAAGGAAGAAAUAUCCCUACCAGAACAGUCAGUCCAGCUGUCAGAAUCUGAGGUCUACCAGUAUUUACACCUAAGACAUUCUCAGCCUUAGAGCUGUAAAAAUUAGCCUUGGGGGAGUAGGACCCUUAGACUGGGAAUACUAAAUCCAGCCCAGGGAAACGAGUCACUUCCUCGUGAAGGUUCCUCAGAAAAUGUCCUCCCAUUUCCAGAAUAUUUGUGGAGAAGGUUCAAGGCUGAGUGUUCUACACCAUAAGCCAAUUAAUAAUCCCCAAACUUGGUCUCCCCCCCCCCAAAAAAAACCCUGUACUUACUACCUUUUAUGCUAUGAGUUGUUGCAGGUACCUGCGAUGGAACCUCCAGUGGCUACUCUUCAGUCAUCUGGGCUCUGGUCAGAAGAUGGGAUCCUUCAAUGGUGCGUUGUCUACCUUGCAUGCCCAUGAGCUUGGUUCCGUAGCUGUUAAGGAAGCCUUGAAGAGGGCAAAUGUCAAGCCUGAAGAAGUGUCUGAGGUUAUAUUUGGACACGUUUUGGCAGCAGGUGCUGGUCAGAAUCCUGCUCGACAAGCCAGUGUUGGUGCGGGGAUUCCAUAUGAGGUACCAGCUUGGAGCUGCCAAAUGAUCUGUGGUUCAGGCCUAAAAGCAGUAUGCCUAGGUGCUCAGUCCAUUAUGACAGGAGAUUCCAAUAUUGUGGUAGCUGGAGGCAUGGAAAGCAUGAGCAAGGCACCCCACAUUAUUCAUAUGCGCAGUGGUGUGAAGAUGGGGGAGACCUCUUUGCAGGACACUAUUAUCUUAGAUGGUUUGACAGAUGCCUUUUACCACUACCACAUGGGUGUAACUGCUGAAAAUGUGGCCAAGCAAUGGCAAGUCAGUCGAGAGGAACAAGACCAGCUGGCUGUGAGGUCACAGAACAAGGCUGAAAAUGCCCAGAAGGCUGGCUAUUUUGAGAAAGAGAUUAUCCCUGUCCUUGUUCCUUCCAGAAAAGGUCCUGUUGAAGUUAAAACAGAUGAGCACCCCCGACAUGGUAGUAACUUAGAAGCAAUGGCAAAGCUAAAGCCUUACUUUGUGACUGAUGGAACAGGAACUGUGACUGCAGCAAAUGCUUCAGGUUUGAAUGAUGGUGCCGCAGCUGUAAUUCUUAUGAAGAAAGCCGAAGCACUUAGACGAGGUCUUACACCUUUGGUACAGAUUGUGUCUUGGGCUCAAGUUGGUGUAGACCCUUCUGUAAUGGGGAUAGCGCCUGCACCAGCCAUAAAGAAAGCUGUUGAAAAAGCAGGUUGGACAAUGGACCAAGUGGAUCUGUUUGAAAUUAAUGAGGCUUUUGCUUCACUAUCUGUAGCAGUAACAAGAGAGCUAAAAUUAAACCCUGAAAAGGUUAACACUGAAGGUGGAGCUAUUGCACUUGGUCAUCCUCUAGGAGCAUCUGGUGGUCGCAUCCUUGUUACUUUAGUGCAUGCACUGGAACGAACAGGCAAAAAGCGGGGAAUUGCUGCUUUAUGUAUAGGAGGAGGGAUGGGCAUAGCUAUGUGUGUAGAAAGAUAAUGGAAACUUUCCCUUACUUCUGUACUAAUGUAUAGCAUGGCUUGCAUUUUACUCAUAAAGCUCUGAUUGUAUUUCA